AUGUCGAGGCAACCCCGCAGCCAGGCCGCUCCUGCAGCCGCCUCGGCCUCUCGCCAGAAUGAAUACUUUGUUCCCCGUGAUGGCAUCGACCGCGAAGUCAUUUCGGCCGAUAUCUGCCGCUACCUGGGCAACGAUGCUCUGGUGCGGCCUGGUCAAUAUGAGAACCCGCAGACUGGUCAAUCGGUACCGGGCUACUUCAUCACUGCCUACAGGAACUUGACGACCGCUAUGAUUGAGGAUCUCAAGGCCGACUCUGCACGCUGGGACACCGAGAGGCGCGCGCAGACGUCGCGCAAUACCCCUGGAGGUAGUUUUGCUUCUUCGAGAGAUGCUGGUGUUCUGCCUUCCGCUGGACUCUCGUCUAACUCACCCACAGUCCAGUAUCGUCUCUCAGAGACGCACCAGUCCCGUCAGCACCAUGGCCCGACCGAAGGCCCCUUCCAGGACCCUUAUGCCCGUGAUUCUGCCUUUGAUGGACCCAGAUACCCUGGAACAGGUGCCCCUGGAUAUACUGGAGCUUCCGUAUCUUACCAGCAGCAGCAGCAGCAGCAGCAGCAGCAGCAGCAGCAUUCUUAUGGUCCCCCCAGUGGCGGAGCCUAUGGAUACCAACAGGCCCCUUCCCAGUCUCCCCAGCCGGACCCUAGAUUUACCGGUUCUUAUGCCCAGGCUCCUCCCUCAGGAAUGGAUCGGGGAUACCCCCCCAACCCGGAUAACCAGUCCCCGUAUGUUCACACCGGAGCCAAUAUGCCACCCAGGGGCUACGGUGCAAAUGAUGGAUAUGAUGGAUACUCCGGCCGGAUGCCAACUUCGUCCACAGCGCCCCAGCAGCCCAUCUAUGCUUCUUCUGCCCCAGUGCAGCCAGGAUACCCUGCUACCACGUCUCCUUACCAAUAUUCAGGUCAGAUGCCUCCCACAGCUGGCGGCCCUCCCUACCAAUCAAUGCACCCCUCAGAGGACCCCUAUGGUCGAGGUGAGUUUACGGGUUGA